UCUACACGGACGGCCACGAGAGAGUGGAGGACAACAGCACUCCCCGCACUUCAGAUGCAAAGUCGAAACGAAAGAUACCACUAAAUCGAAGGAAGUGUCUGGGACAUGUGGUAUAGUAGUGUAUAAAUUUGGGGACCUGGGGCGGGAGAACAGAGCAACAACAAGCCGUUUGUUAGUACCACCACCCACUGUUGGCCAUCCAUGGCCGGACUCCGUCUCGCCGCGGUCGCCUUCCACCUCUGCCUCCUUCUCUGUCCGUCGUCCUCCCUCCGCCGGCUCUACGACGAGGCGGGGAGCACGCCACGCCAUGACAGGAGCAGGACCGCCUACCACUUCCAGCCUGCCAAGAACUGGCAGAACGGUACGAACCAACGCUUCUCGAUUCGCUGCAUUGUCUCUUUACCCAGUUAUGGAUUAAGCUUUUCUCAACAACAACAAAAUUGUGUAUUCAGCCUAACCUGAAUUUCUUUGCGUGUUCGGUCGAUCGCGGCGAAAUUGCUGGCUCGGAUGGAUUCAUGGCGACCUCCUCCUGAUGGUGCUGAGCAGAUCCGAAUGGGCCGAUGUACCACAACGGCAUGUACCACUUCUUCUACCAGUACAACCCUCACGGCGCCACUUGGGGCAACGGCAACCUCUCCUGGGGCCACUCCGUCUCCAUCGACCUCAUCAACUGGACCGCCCUCGACACCGCCCUCGACCCUGACUCCCCGUUCGAUGCCAAUGGCUGCUGGUCGGGCUCCGCGACCAUCCUCCAAGACGGCCACCCGGCCAUGCUCUACACCGGCAUCGACGUCGCCGGCAACCAAGUCCAGAACGUGGCCUUCCCUAAGAACGCCUCCGACCCACUCCUCCGCCAGUGGGUGAAGCCUGACUACAAUCCCGUCAUCCCGCUCCCCAAGGACGUCGUGCACGAUAACUUCCGUGACCCCUCCACGGCGUGGCGCGGCCGUGAUGGCCUCUGGCGCGUGGCCAUUGCGGCCAAGGUCAACGUCUCUGUGGGGUCGACGCUCAUCUACCGGAGCAAGGACUUCCGGCGCUGGGAGCGGAACGCAGCGCCACUGUACAAGUCGACCGCCGCCGGCAUGGUGGAGUGCCCGGACCUGUUCCCGGUGGCGGAGCCUGGUGCACAGAACGGGCUCAACUGCGCACCCUCGAACGGGGCGGCGAGGCACGUGCUAAAGCUGAGCGUGAUGGCCACAACCCAGGACUACUACGUGGUGGGGCGGUACGACGACACCGCGGACACCUUCGAGGCGGCCGGCGCCGACAACGACAGCCGGACCUGGCGCCGCCUCGACUACGGCCACGUGUACGCGUCCAAGACCUUCUUCGACGCGCGCAAGAACAGGCGCGUGCUCUGGGGCUGGGCCAACGAGUCCGACACCGAGGCCGACUAUGUCGCCAGGGGUUGGUCUGGCGUCCAGACGGUCCCGAGGAAGAUCUGGCUAGACAUCGAUGGGAAGCAGCUGGUGCAGUGGCCGAUCAAGGAGAUUGAGACGCUGAGGAAGAAGCGGGUCGGGUUGCUAGGAACGGAGAUGAAGUCUGGCGGCCUGAACGAAAUCAUCGGCAUCGCGGGCUUGCAGGCGGACGUGGAGGUCGUCUUCAAGAUCCCGACCCUGGAGGGGGCCGAGAACAUUGAGCCUAAUGAGCUGUUGGACCCGCAAAAGCUAUGUGGUAAGAAGGGCGCGUCAAUGUCGGGCGGUAUCGGCCCAUUCGGGCUGCUCGUCCUGGCCUCCGGUGACCUGCAGGAGCACACCUCCGUCUUCUUCAGGGUGUUCAAGCAUGGUGACAAGUACAAGGUUCUGAUGUGCACCGACCUCACAAGAUCGACUAUGAAAGCAGACGUGUACAAGCCGUCGUACGGAGCGUUUAUGGACAUGGACAUCAAAAACACCAAUAGCAUAUCACUUAGAACAUUGAUUGAUCACUCUGUGGUGGAGAGCUUUGGUGGCGGGGGACGAGCGUGCAUUACAGCGCGGGUGUACCCAGAGCAUAUGGAGAUGAGCAAAAGCCACAUAUACAUGUUCAACAACGGGAUCGCCGCGGUGAAGGUGUCCAAGCUCGAGGCAUGGGAGAUGGCGACAGCAAACGUGAACAUCGCGGGCGACGGGUGAUAACCCCAAGUGCAAUGGAUAGUAGUAACACGUUUUGAUGUGGAAGUGUUAGUAUAGAACCGUGGGAGGAAACUAUAUAUAUGCUACUACCUCCCUCCGUUUAAAAAUAAGUGUCUUACAUAUAGAUACAUCCGUACCUAGAAAAAAUUAAGACCCUUAUUUUUAGACGGUAACCACUUGACUAGGAUAUAAUAUAAUAAUAAAGUUUUACUUUGGAUUUAAAAAAGAUAAUAUGCAAGACAUCUAAAGAUAACAUUCCUACACGGUAGAAGCUCCAUCCAGGAUCAAAUGAUGUGGCUCAAUCCUGCGCGUCCGUUUCGGGUCAGGAGUCCUCUCAUCCGUCCGAUCGUCGCAGUAAAACUGCUCGCGUGGUCCGCGCCGUCCGUUUCUGAGAGGGCCUGCUUUUUUACUGCGUGGUGGUUGGUCAGGGGUCAGGGGCAAAAUCGACUUUUCGCCUCUCAUUUCCUUCCUCCUCUCCCGGUCGGACGCGCGUGGCGCACGGCGACGCGCCGCCGGGUACCGUCGCUACAGCGCCGACGUUUGGCUCCUAUACGCAUCCCUCGUCGCUGCCCAGAACCCUAUCCUCUCACUUUCCCCUCCAUUCCUUCUCCUCGUGUCUCCCGUGGUGUGUGGCGGCGGACGGCUCAAGAUCUCUAGGGUUUCUUGCGGGGAAUGAGGUGGAGGCCGAGCAAAGGAGCGGGUGGCGGAGGGGAGCGCAGGGAGGGGGGAGGAGCGCGCGGUCCUCCCUUGGCCGCGCGGGCAAGGAGCCCGCACGAGGAGCUCGUCCUCCUCGACCCCGAGCCCGACCCCAGCCUGGAGCGCGGUAGCCGCGGCGGCCACAAGCGGUCGUUCGUCGGUGACGGCGGCGAGGAGACUAGGGUUGCGGCUACGGGCCUCCUCGUCCACCCUGACCCCGAUCUCGUGCAUGCCGGUAAUGGCCUCCCUCAGUGGCCCGGCGGCGCCUCCUCCUCUGGCUGAUGCGCCGUUCGACCUCGUCUGCACCGACCCGAUUCUCCUCCUCCCACCCCCACCUCUUGUCAGCUCCUUCAUCUCUACUACCACAACAUCAAGCCCUACAGAAGUAUUCUAGAAUCUAAAGAUUAUACAAUGUGGUCCAAGAAGAGGAUAAGGUGAACCUGAAAACUGAAAUGGAAGUAUUGUACGGAGGUGGCUGUAGCAAGUUGUUUUCUGGCUUUGAGAUUGCAGAUGUUGUUUGUGGAGGGGAGGGCAACAUUUCUGCUUAUGUGUGAGAGAAAAGGAUGGAGAAGGAAGGGGCCAUUGGGGCGUUAUCCUUGGACGAUGAUAUGGGCCAUAUGCUAGAUAUCGAGUUUGAGAACAACUGUGAAGUUGGUGUUUCCUCUAAGCUCACAAAUGCCUACUGCAUGGUUGCAAUUGGAGGAUCCUACAGGGUGAUGAGCAAGUGCAUUGUAAACUGUGGAUUGCAAUGAUUCCUCAUAGAAAAAAACCAUAUGGUUGAGAGUAUCACACUUCUAAAUAAAAGUGGUGGUGGAAUUGGUGCCCUGGAUAAGAUGGUUAUCGAGUUACUACGUAUUGGCAUCUGCAAAUAGGAGGUUCAUUCAAAUCGGGAAGCCCGAUCUACCCGACUUACCUCGACCUGACAAAGAGAAGUGGGGUGGGGAUGGAGGCCACGGCGUGUUUGUUGCUGGAACUAUGUUGCAUAAUUGUUUUCUUAUUUAUAAUGCUGAUUUAUUACCUUUGUAGCCUAUAUUUAGUCAUUGAACACAUUUACUUAGUAAUAAUGAACUUCCCUAGCAUGAUGCCAGCCUGAGAAUGACCUCUAUUGUAAUAAUGAAAGUUGAGCUAACAUGCUCUCUUUGCGCUGACCUGCACCCAACCAUAGCUAAUCUUAGUAAUAAACAUCAGUAUGAGCACAAUCAGGUGACUGUCUAUUUUUUCCAAUCACUUUGCUGAAAAAAACCAUCUCUCUAAUAUUUGCUCAAUUAUACGGCUGCUAGAGAAUACAGUGGUUAUCCUAAAAUUGACCUUAUUUUUCAUAGUGCUAGAUGGAAGAGCGAAUGACACUAUACAGCAUGGUUAUUAAGGCUGGCGGAAAGAAUGGUGUCAUGCCUGCUGAUGCACCGAUUGCAACUAGGUACUCUAAGAGCAUGCAAGGAGGUGAUAAAUCAUAAAAAGGGAAAACAAUGAAAAAGUAUGAACUGAAUUUGGAUCUGCGAUCCAUUACUUACACUUAUGGAGACCGCUGUCCAAGGAAAAAGACAUGUUGCUGCUCGAUCGUUGCCUACACCUACUCGAGAAGAUGUGGGCAGAAUUACUUCAGAUUGUUUCCGAGAGAAGCUUUGUUUGCUACUUCGCUGAUCCUCUGCAUCUGCAAACACUGGAUAAUAGGUGAUGCCCUGGAAUUGACUAUAUGUUUGUGGAAAUGACUUUUAUUGCUUGAUUUUUCGUGUCCUUCAUGUUUAGAUAGGUUUUAUUGCUUAGUGUGUAAUCAAGGUCCACCGAUUCUAUAUUAUCUCCUGCUAUUUAAAAAUGCAUGCUUGAUCGAUUUAUCCAUAUAUCUUCUACA